GUGGCAACGGCGGCAGGCGCUGCUGGCGGUGGAGUGCUCGGGACCCAGGUGGGAGGCACGUGCACGAGCGCCUGGGUGCGGCGGUAGGGGCGGCGGCUGCGGAGGCGGCGGAGGCGGGCUGCGAGUGCCUGCUGCUCGCCCUGGAUGCACUCAAGGAUGCCCUAGAGGCGCUCGCAGCCGAACAACAACAGCAGCAACAACAAGCAGCGGCGGAAGAGGAGGCCGUCGCCGCCGCCGCCGACAGCAGCGGCGUCAGCGGGACAUGCAGCACCGGAAGCGGCAGCACAAGCGAGGAGGAGGGUCUGCUGUGCGUGCUGGUGUGGUUGCACCACCUCAAGUCGCUCGGCAAGCGCAAACUCAUCGUACAGUGGGCGAGGGAGCUGGAGCUGGCGGGGGCAUGCAAGCCGGGGUUUCCUGGUGUGGUGGUGGUGGAGGGCCACUCGGUGGACGUACGGGAGUUCCUGGCUCGCAUGCGGCAGCUCAGCUGGCAAGCCAUGCAGGUGCGGGGGCAGGACCUGCUGCGACCGCCGCCGCUGCCGACAACGACGACGACCCAUGGGUCACGCAGCAGCUGCAGCAGCACGGACACCCUCUCUGCAGGAGGGUCAGCAGCAGCGGCAGGGGCCCCGGACCGCGGGGAUGCGGCCCUGGGGUGCAUGCAGCAGCGGUUGCAAGGGCUCAAGCUGCAGGGGAGUGGCGUUGCAGUAGGGGGAGUGGGGUGCGGGGCGGGGGAUGUUGCGAGGAGAGCAGCGGUGCAGUCGCUGCGGCGGUUGGGGUGCGCAAUGCCGUUUGCGGAGGUGGAUGAGGAGGGUGGGAUGUCGCAGCUGGGGGUGAUGUGUCGGGAGGCGGGGCUGCAGCACGUGUUUAUGACGGCGCUAAAGCUGUGAGGCGGGUGAAAAGAAACUGGCCGCGAAUGUGUUAAGAAACUGGCCGCGAGGCGGAAUGUACUGUGAAUGCCGUAAAUGAAGUCCCUACGGAAACGCCGCACGUGUUUGUGGAUUAUGCAAGAUGUUUGCGGAUUAAGCAGC